AUGGCGUGCAAGAGGGACAUAAAAGCGACUGCUGGUAUCAUGAAAAGUGAUGCAGGUGGGAAGGACAGCUUUUUGCAACUCCCGUCCGUCACCGCCUGCACAUCCCGCGAGCACUACAGCACCACCUCCGAGCCUCCUUCCGGUGAACCCAGCGACCUCCGCACACCAGCACCCGCAAGCCUCGCCGCGCAGCAACCUGUGACCCGCAGCAACUCGCGCACACCACCCGACGACCCAUCGCGACCUGCUGCUGCCCAGCCGACACCGGAGUUCCGAAGCCUGCCGCUCCCGAUCUCACCGCACCAGCAGCACCGGACGCCAGGCGCCCCGACGACCGCGCUCUCGCCCUCGCCGACGCCGCGCCGCUGCAACACCCCCGCUUCGCUCGCCUCCGCCACGCCGCGCCUCAGCCCCGUGCCCCGUCGCCGCGACCCUCCUCUGCCCCGACGUCCAGCGGAUCCGCUGCCCGACGCUGCUGUUCAGCCCCUCGCCGGUCUGCUGCCCCGCCAGACGCCGCGCCGCGCCUUUGCUCUACCGAUCUCCGCUACCCCGAGCUCGAGCCCGCCGCCGUCCACCUGCAGCCGCUCCCCGCCGGAGCCCCGACAACUGCCCAGCACCGUCCACCGUCGGUUUACUCCUCCCUUUAGGUAG